GUAACCGGUCGCACAGUCUUUCGGGACGGUGGCUGAGGGCGAACUUGAUGUCAGCGUCGUUUUGAAAGGUCUUUCGUUGCAUGGUUGGGAAUCAGAGCACUUCUGUAAUAUACGAAUCUAUAUUGAAUUUUCUUAAUUGAUUUCAAAUGUAAUUUUGUAGAUAGUUAUUAAUCUAAUUUACUGUACGGCGUUGGGAACGAAUUAGAAACAAUUGCAAGUUGCUAGCUAGUGCUACGCUACUUCGCCACUCAGCUAGCUAGCUUGUUGCUCAUAGUCACGCUGGUGCUGGUUGAGGAAGGAGAGUGGCGAAAGAGACGGGGGACGGGGGAUACUGCGGGUAGUGGAGUCAGGAGCGGCUGAUGAGUUCUGAAUUUGAGCAGGGUCUGGAGCUUCAGAAGGAGGUGGUCAUCCUAGGAUUGGAUCGCCGUGCUUGUGGACAAGAAGAGAAACUAUCAGAAAACAGCGUGGAUCAAGGCGGCAUGGUCACCACAAAAGGAGCUGGCUUGAACCCCAACGCCAAAGUGUGGCAAGAGGUCUCUGGCCCCCAGGACCAGGUUCCAGAGGAAGGGACCGAAGGUUCCCACUGGCAGCACACCUCCCCUUCUUCUGCUGAAAUGACUGAGGAGACUCCCCCUGCUGUGGGGAAGGAGUAUAGCAUAGAGUAUUGUGAUCUGUCAGACAGCAGUGCUGCUGUGACCCCUGGGGGAGUGAUGAAUGGCCUGGACCACUCUGAGCUGGCCUUUCCCCUUUAUGAGCCCCUGACUGACCCAACAGUAGUGGAGGGAGAGGUUCUGGAACAGCAGCAGCAGCAGCCGCUCUCUGAAGAGAGCCUGUGUGAGUCCCUGAAGAAACAGCUGGAGUUCUGCUUCUCCAGAGAGAAUCUGUGUAAGGACCUGUACCUGAUGUCCCAGAUGGACAGCGAUCAAUUUGUCCCCAUCUGGACGAUCGCCAGCAUGGAGGACAUCAAGGUUCUCACUACUGACAUGGACCUCAUCCUCAAAGUGCUGAGAGCCUCUCCAAUGGUGCAAGUAGAUGAGACGGGGGAGAGGGUACGACCCAACCACAAGCGCUGCAUCAUCAUCCUGAGGGAGGUCCCCGAGACCACGCCUGUGGAGGAAGUGGAGGCCCUGUUCCAGAAUGAGAACUGUCCAAAAGUGAUUAGUGUUGAAUUUGCACACAACAACAACUGGUACAUAACAUUCCAGUCGGACACAGAUGCACAACAGGCCCACAGAUACCUAAGAGAGGAAGUCAAAACAUUUCAGGGAAAACCCAUUAUGGCACGAAUCAAGGCCAUCAGUACAUUCUACGCUAAGAAUGGCUACCGCAGCGUGGACUCCAGCGUGUACAGCCAGCACUCCCAGAACCAGAACCAGUACAGCCCCCCCGUCUACAUGCAGCAGAUGUACAACCCCCCCCAGCAGUACCCGCUCUACCCUCUGGUGCCCCCCACAUGGAACCCCUCACCCACUCCUUACUUUGAGACACCACUGGCCCCAUUCCCCAACAGUGGCUUUAACGGCUUCAGCACCUCUGGAAACUACAAGCUAGGCUCCAGUCCCCUGGGCCUGGGCCGGCCCUUCAACAGGACCCGGAACCACGUGAAAAGCCAGCCCAGGCCUGGUGACGUGCCCUCCCCUCCCUGUGUGACCCCAGUCCCACUGGUGGAUGGUCUGUCUGGCCCCUCCAGCACCCAGCCCCCCAGAACUGCAGCCGGAGGCCCUCUGCACAGCACCCAAGAGCCUGCUUCUCCCCUCACCCUCAGGGAUACCAUGCCACUGACCUCAGAUGCCAGUGCAGACCUGGGCAUAGCUGGCCGUGGCCGGAGAGGAAGCUACAGAGGUGUGCGGAGGCGGAGAGAAGACGAGCGGAGCACGAGGUCCCUCCCCUUGGCUGAGGUCAAGCUACCGCCUCCCAAGUUUGACCUGGCAACCUCCAACUUCCCCCCGUUGCCAGGGUGUGUAGUCAGUACGCAGGGAGAGACUGUGCUAGAGACACGCAUGUCUGACGUGGUGCGAGGUCUUAAGGCUAGCGACAAGUUUGAGGUCAAACAAGAGAGCCCGGUGCCCCCCUGCAGUGCCCAGCAGGACAGUGUGAACACCCCAAGUCCCACUGCAACAACCCCCAAAGCUACUCCACCCACUGUGGAGCCCCCUGUCCCAAGUGUUGCUCAUCAGAUAAAGGAUGUGGAAACGUCCGAACCUCCAGCCCCUAAGGAGACAGCCCCGCCCCCUGCACCAGCCGCCUCUCUGCCAGCCUCACCUCCGCCUGUGCCUGCUAGCAAACCCGCCCGCAGCCAGCCAGUGUGCCCCACAACCACGACCCCCACUGUCUCUGUCCUCACGCCUGCACAGGAGCCAAGGAAGCUGAGCUAUGCUGAAGUGUGCCAGCGGCCAGCCAAGGACCCGCCACCCACACCCAGCCUAUCGCCUCCCCCACCCACCCCCUCUCCAACCAGCCAACCCCUGAGGGAGUUGCGGGUUAACAAGGUAGAAGAGUCCGCCUCAUCUCCCAGCAGCAAUUCUGACAGGUCAGAGAAACCCUAUGAGAGAAACGGUGAAGGCCGUGCCGCCCGUGCCCCACUGGGCUCAUACCGUGGAGGCAACCGUGACACCCGUGGUGGGGUGGGGCUAAAGAUCCGCGAUCAUCAUCAGAGAUCCUAUCCCAUUGGUCGACGAAUCUCCCCUCAGGGAGGUGCCAGACGGAGUGGCAAGGAGCAGAAUAUUCCCCCUCGAUCACCAAAGUAGAUAACAAAACAACAACAAUCAGUGGACUUACAGGAAGAAAUCAUCACAAAUCUGUAUACGUAUAUAUGUAUAAAUGUAUGUGUGUAUGUAUAGAGAGAUAUAUGAACAUAUAAAUAUUAUUGAAUUGAAGAACUUAAGUGUUCUAUAAGGUCCUCCUUUUGUUGUGCCCUACUCAGGCCAACGACUGGGAACGUCCACAAGUAUAAAUCUAUUAGGUGCAGGGGUGUCGCACAUGAAUUCAACUGGAUAGAUGGACCACGUAAGGGAUGUUGAACAGCAGCUUCCAUAUGACACAUUUGAAGGAUUUGGGCAACCAUUUUCCCCCUGGCUAAAUCUGACUAUGCCUAUUGUUGGUUGUAAAUGGAGUUUUGGGGUAGGUAGUAAUAAAACAUGUUAACGCCAUGCAUAUCCAGAGUACCGGUUUUGAAGAAAAACUAAGACCUGUUUACACGCAUGUGUAAACAAACUUGACAUGCAAUACAAUAAGAAUUGGAACUGUAGGGAGUAAACAUCCUAAUUAAUUGGCAUUGAAAUAUACUAGCUUUCCCUGAAUUUUACAGAUGGUUAUUGGUUAAGUUUGUGAACUGAAAUGUGUUUAUGAAAAGGAACUCGUCAUAUCUGUAAGGUGGUUUAGCAAGCUGGUAGGUUUGUGAUGGGAAGCUGCAGGUGAUGGGAAGCUGCAGGUUUUGGUGAACCGACUGCAUGUGACAGCUAGGAGUUGGAAAUUGCUGUGGUAAGAAUGUCAGAAUGCAGCAUGAGGGGGUUAUGUUUGUAAUAAUUGGCAUGGUCUCAUUUACAAAUUAUAUUUUGACUAUGGUACAAGUUUACUUGUGUCAUGCAAAUAUGGGAGAAAUGAACCGAUUUGUCUUUUAUGACGUGAGACCUGUGACUUUGACAUGAGGUUCUCGUCAUUUUUAAACCCUCUGCCCAGUAGGUGAUUGGUUUGGGUAUGAGCUGAACAGGAAGAGGGGUAUGGGUGUGGUGUGACUGCUUGAGAGGGCUGAUGCCUGGAUUGGUUUUGAGCUUGUUAAGAAUUGGGCUGGCAUUGUCCUCCUGGUGUAAUAUUGUACAUAUCUGUACAUUUUUGGGGGCUCUGCAGUAUGGUUGGUGAGUGUGUGUGUGUGUGUAUAUAUGCAUUUUUAAGAAACAUUAACAUUAAUUAUUCAUUAAUUGAGAUUCAUAAAGCAGCAUAAUUGGCUCCUUAUUUUAAACUGGCUUGCAAUGUCUUAACAUUUUGUUAAGUACUAUAAAGCAUGACUUCUCCCCAUGAACAUACCUGCACAACAGUUUUGGGGCAGUCUUCCAGGCAUUUAGAUGGUUCAUACUGGGAUUGCAUUGAGUUCUAAUAGCAUGCUGUGCAAAUGAGCUGUCAUAUCCCUUUAAGAAUCCCACUCAUCCAUUGAGAGCUCAGAUCACUGUGGAAUCUAACAUUAUAAUGCAAUUAUUUUGAUAAUGAAAUUAAACUGUCAUUACAUUUACAUUACAUUUAGCGGACGCUGUUAUUAUCCAGAGCAACGUAAUACAGAACUUGUGUUUUAUGACGUUGCGGUCUUCCUGAGCACAUGGUGGUAGAUUAUGUAUUGGAGGGUUUGGUUUAAGAAGCUUUGCUUUCAUUAUACGUAUGUUCUUGUGUCCAGGAGUCUGUGGUGCUGCUGUGGUUUGACAGUUUAGAGGAGCAAAUAUGUCCUAAUUAUUCAAAAGUUGAAAUAAUUGUGCAGAAUUUAAUGUUACGUUAAGCAGAGAGGUAGAAAUCAUGAUAGUGUCAGUGUUUUGAUAAGAUAUUGUAGACAAUUCUGCCCUUAAAUUCAUAGGAUUAAUGACAGUCCCUUGUACAUUUCAGUCUUGUUUUGGGGUUUGAUGACUUUGUACCUUCUUGGAUAUGAUUUGAGGAUGUUCAUGUGCAUCAUAUAUUUGGAUACUUUGUGCUUCCAUUAACUGUGAAGUGGACGUUAGUGAUGACUAGACAUUUUAACUUUUAGCUGUUCAGUUUUUACUAUGCUUUUACAAACUUUGUAAUUAACUAAUUUAGCCUCUGUAUGAAUGAAUUUGAAAACCAUCCAGACCAAAUUUAAUCAAGCAGAAUGACAAUCUCAGGAGCAAAGUUCCAAUCAACUGUUUCUCACUCCCUUGCCCUUCCUUUCCAUCAAAUGUUUCAGUUAAUGCUUAGUGUUUUUGAUUGCUGUUAAGGCUUGAAAUGAAUGUAGUCUCUCUUGGUGGACACACCAGUCCACAGUCUUUAGUCCACACCAGUUAGUGAUUUGAAUGUUCUUGUACAGUAGAUUUGUCUCCUACACAUCACAUGAUCAUCUUUGAUCUGGAUAGUUUUAUAGGAGAUUUGUUUUAUUUAAUCAUUUUCUUUAAAUAUAUAUUCUUUUUUUCUUUGUGCUCCUCUUUUAUCCAUUUGGCUGAUUUGGGUUUGAUUUUUUUUGUAUGCUUUUUAUGCUUUUUUUAAUUUAUUGUAACUCUAGCAUACCUUUUUAUUUCUCUCUAGUUAGUUUCUUCUCCCCAAAUUUGUGUGUAAUAAUUUGGGGUAUGUAUUACUUUAGUUAAGACAUGGCCUAAGUACUCUGCAUUGCUGUUUUGGUAGCAGUUCAGUGUUAUUGCUUUACUUUGGCCUGCUUUUUAAAUUCGAUUUUACAUUCAGUAAUGGCUAAACCAUGAGCAGCUAGUGGUGUUGUGAAUUUAAAUGCACUAACCUUGUUUCAAAACAUGAUAACUGUUCUGUAAGUUGUAAUCAUUUAGACACAUGCCUUAUGGAAAGGUGUUGAUUAGGAUUGUUGAUUUCUACAGGAUUAGGGUUUUGAUUUUCUUUUUGUUCAACUAUUCAGCUCAAGCUGUGUAGAGAUUUAGGUGACUUAUAGGAUGAGUGAACAAAUGAGACACUGAAUUAUUGAUCUAUAGAUGUUUGAACAAAAAAAAAUGUUUAAAGAAAAUAAAGUAAACUAUCCUUGUUUUACCCCAAAUGUGAUUUGAGUCUCCUGUGCAUGAAUUUUAAACGUCUGUCUGCUUUGUAGGUUUCGUCCUGAUCCUUUAUUUGCGAUUGUGUGUGUGCAUGUGUGCUCUCUCUAAAUAAUCAUUAUUCUGACCAUGCCACAAUUCCAGUGCCUUUAUCUCAGUGUUGAACUUUCCUACUAAAAGAAAGUUAGUUGGAUGAACACAAUUCAUGUAACUGAAUAAAACAGGCUUGUUGGUUGUGAAAUUGUGAGCACAAGGACUUUUAAAGACAAAAUGGCAUUUAUGUACAUUUAGCUCUGGAGGCUAUAAUAUGGCUUUAGAAAAUGUGAGUUUGUUAUGUGUGUAUUUGCUUAUGUGUAGUCGAAUAAGUAGUAGAUGUUUUAGCCUGACCUUAUACUACUGUUUCAGAUCAUGAUUGGCAUCCCGCUUUAUGAGAAUUUCCAACGUGAACUGGGAUGAUGUGGUUUCAGAGUCUGGGGACUGUUGAAUCAUUGCAAAAAUGUAUUAAAAUAUAAAUAUAUUUUUAACAA